AAUAUGUAACAAGUAUUUGUAUAGUUUGAAGCACACUGGCUGGUAAGUCUUCCUUGAGGAGGAUGGGAGUGGCAUUCACCUCUCUUCCACCACGCAUCUGCGGUAUAAAAGCAACCUGCGUUACAACGCGCUUAGUUUCGUUUCGGAGUGCCGAUUGUGAAACGCAAUUUCAACAUGGGAUUUCACACUGUAAUCCUGGCCACGUUGCUUCUGGCGGGUGUGAUUGCGGCGUAUCCACAGAAAGAUGGGCAGAUCUUCAGCAAUGAAGCAAUACGGCAAGCUCAGAAUACCUACCUUAUACCGAAGGAUGCGACUAUACAAAAGGUUCAGGAGGGCAUCGAAUUGGCCGCUUACGAAUCAAUCCCCGGGGACCAGAGGAUCAAUCUCUUUGAGAUCCUGGGCGAACACGUACCACCCGAAGUGGUGAACAAUCUUCAGACCCAGAUUGAUCAAAUAGGUCGAAAUUAAAUUCUCUCCUCUCGCACAAUUGUCGUCAUUUCGUCAUCGUCGUGUAAAAAAUAAUCAUAUUCUAAGUGUCUUUGUAGAAAACUAUUUAUAAACAACUGUUUCUUUAUCUUGCUUUUGUAUUUCACACUAAUUCUUUUUACAACGUAGAAAGAGUUUUCACUUUUCGUAAAUAAAUGUAUGAGAAAACAAACUUA